AUGGCGUCUGCAGGUCGUCAUAUUCCACCCAACCUGCUGCCGGGCAAUCGAGGUGAAGAUGGCGGUUUGCAGACCACAAACGCUUCUGGCUUCCAGGGCCAGUCUCCCAUAGACAGCCCAGACGGCAACAGAAGUGCUCCCUGGUCUGACAUCCCCCCGUCUGCUCCUAGCGAAUCUAAUGUCGGCGGCCCCGAAGAACGAUCUCCCAGACAGCCAGAUUCCUACCGAAGUCCUGGCAGAAACAAGUCGCGCGAUCGACACAACAAUUCAAAUGGCCCUUCCACCAGCAAGUCUCCAAGCGGGAAUACCAGAAUCUGCAGAGUCUGUGGAGAGCCUCUGUUGGGACAGUUUGUUCGUGCUCUGGGAGGCACGUUUCAUCUGGAGUGUUUCCAGUGCAAAGACUGCGGAGAGAUUGUCGCAUCGAAGUUCUUCCCUGUCGAUUCUGAAGAUGGCAAUUCCCAGCAUCCGCUUUGUGAACGAGACUACUUCCGACGAUUAAACCUAUUGUGCUUCGAGUGCGGAGGCGCUCUCAGAGGAUCCUACAUCACCGCUCUAGAUCAUAAAUAUCACAUUGAACAUUUCACCUGCUCCGUUUGUCCUACCGUCUUCGGCGCCCAGGACAGUUACUACGAACACGAAGGCAAAGUAUACUGCCAUUACCACUACUCGACCCAAUUCGCUCAGCGAUGCAACGGCUGCCAGACAGCAAUUCUAAAACAGUUUGUCGAGAUCUUCCGAAAUGGCCAGAACCAGCAUUGGCACCCUGAAUGCUACAUGAUCCACAAAUUCUGGAACGUGCGCCUGUCUCCAAGUGGGAAGGCAUUUGAACCGCCAGAGAUUGAUCGCGAUGUCAGCACCGAAGAACGAGACGAGAUCCGAGACGAGGAGGAAAAGAUGGAAGAGAAAGUCUACCGUAUCUGGAGCGUGCUUUCUGCAUUUGAAGAAUCGUCUGCAGCCUGCAUCUCAGAUAUGUUGCUGCACGUUAGCAAUGGUGCAUACAUCGAUGGCGUUGUUGUUGCGAAAAAGUUCAUUUUCCACGUCGAGGUCCUGUUCAAGGGUACAGACCGGCUUGCGGCUCAAAUUUCUUCACUUGGCAUAAAAGAAAUGGCAUAUGGCAGAGAAGCAAAACUUCUUUGCAAGAAAGUCGUCUCUUUCUUUUCCUUACUUUCAAAGACUCAAGAGACCGGAGUCCGGAAGCUUGGAGUUACACAGGAACUUCUUGCUCUUGUUACAGGCCUUGCACAUUAUUUAAAACUCCUUAUCCGCAUUGGCUUACAAGGCUCUCUUAGAUUGGAGCGUGAGACAAAGAGUCCAGAUGCACUCUACUCUUUCUUAGACCUAACUGCGGACCUUGAAGAGGUCAACACUAUCACAGCUAGUGAUCUAAAUGCUGAUACCUCACAGUUGGCUCACUCUCAGUCUGAUUGUUGUGCUGCCUGUACUGAGCCAAUUGAUGAUGAGUGCAUCGUCUUAGGGCGGAGACAAUGGCAUAAGAAGCCGCCUCACCUUGUCUGCGGUGCGUGUCAGGACGACCUAACACAUGACCUUGAACGCGCAAGAUGGAGUGAAAAGAACGAUCGCCCGUUCUGUCAAAACUGCGCCAUACAAAGAGGCCAUGAUCCUCAGGCCGUUCCUGGGUUUGAAAAUGUUACCAAGCUCCAGCAAUACGUCUUCUUGCUUCGAGUGGCUCUUGCUAGACUCCUGUCGGUUUUGCGAUCGGGUGGUACUCUACCACAUACAUCUGAUGAUCCCAACUUGAAGCAAUACGAGGCAAAUGAUGGCCACCGUAUCCCUCCACAAGCUGAUCCAAACCUACCACCUCAGCGCCCAACUACACGAUCAAUGUCCUACGCUGGUGAGCACAAUGAAGAGAAGACGCCUUCUUCCCUCGAGCAGACAGUUGGUGAAAUGAGGAGACUCCGAUCCACCAGGAACGAGCGGGCUAUAUCCACAACCUUCAAGAAAGCCCGAACUUCACGCAUAAUCUCUAGUCCUGAAAGCAGCAGUGUCCAGCCAGGUGCUCCUGGAGGAGCAAACAAUGGUCAAAACCAGAACUUCCAAAUCGUUGAGGAACGAGAUGCCGAUGGCGAGCCUGUUACUGAUCUUACCUUCGGAAACCAAGAUGCCCUCACUCUGGAUGAUAUUCCAAGAAUCGUCGCUGCCGAACAGGCCAAGGAGCAACGUCCUAAUGCUUAUAAGCAUGCUGGUGGUAAUCUUAUUGGAAGCGGUGGUCCAGCUGCUAAGCUUAUCAAUGGCCAUCAACGGGGAGUAUCUGUCGAUCAGCUCGGUGCCAUGGAACGACCCAGAGCUAAGAAAUACUUCUCCGAGCUAUCUGCUUUAGAAUAUUUCAUUGUUCGACACGUUGCUGUCCUUUCCAUGGAGCCCUUGUUGGAAGGAAGUUUCAAUUUAGAAGAACUCCUUGGUCUCAUUGAGCCUCGCAAGCCUACUAUCUGGAACAUCUUCAACCGUGCCUUCAAGAAUGAUCCUCGCAAAGUUGGUAAAAAGAAGGGCGUUUUCGGUGUAGCCUUGGAAGUCAUCGUUGAAAGAGAUGGCACCGAAUCAACUCACGGAGUUGGACCAGGCACAUUACGAAUUCCAACCUUUAUCGACGAUGCGAUCUCUGCUAUGCGGCAGAUGGACAUGUCCGUUGAAGGUGUCUUCCGUAAGAACGGAAAUAUCAAACGACUCAGAGAAACCGCUGAGCUUAUUGACACCCGGUACGAGGCCGUUGAGCUGGACAAAGAGUCCGCUGUUCAAGUGGCGGCUUUGAUGAAGAAGUUCCUUCGAGAGAUGCCCGAUCCUCUCCUUACCUUCAAGCUUCACAGCUUGUUCGUUAUCGCGCAAAAAAUUGCCGACCCUGUCAAGCGCAAGCGAGUCCUCCACCUGACUUGCUGCUUGCUUCCAAAGUCACAUAGAGACACCAUGGAAGUUCUGUUUUCAUUCCUAAACUGGGCAUCUUCUUUCUGCCAUGUUGAUGACGAGACUGGUAGCAAGAUGGACAUCCACAAUCUCGCUACCGUCAUGACCCCAAAUAUUCUAUACUCUAAUGCAAAGGUCGCUGGUGUUGACGACAGUUUCCUGGCUAUUGAAGCUGUCACCUCCUUAAUUGAAAAUAAUGAUACCAUGUGUGAGGUUCCGGAAGACCUUCUGUCUAUUCUUACCGAUUCGACCCUUUUCAACGGCAGUGCUGAGAUCACCACCAAAGAAAUCCUGAAGCGUUAUGGGGCCUUGGGUAAACUUCCUAUGACCCAGAAAGCCCCGGUCGUCUCGGAAACCAUUCCUCUACAGCCUGGCAGAUGCAGAGUUCUGUGA